ACGUGGGUCAAAAAGACUCCCGAUUUUUGGAGUCGUUUUUCUGGAGUGGGGUAAAGAAAAGGGGAUAGGGUGGGAAUGAAUGGGCCCUGAGCGAACGCCCGCGUAUUGGGGACGUACCCGCUCUAGUGAGGGGAACUUAGGUGCGUGAACGACUGCACCUUCUCUGGUCUUGCUGCAGCAUGGAGGAUGAUGCGCCGGUGAUCUACGGACUGGAGUUCCAGGCACGUGCUUUAACACCUCAAACGGCAGAAACAGAUGCCAUUCGGUUUUUGGUUGGGACACAGUCUCUUAAAUAUGAUAAUCAGAUCCACAUCAUAGAUUUUGAUGAUGAAAAUAACAUUAUAAAUAAAAAUGUUCUCCUUCAUCAAGUGGGUGAAAUUUGGCACAUUAGUGCCAGUCCAGCAGAUAAAGGUGUGCUAGCAACCUGCUACAAUAAAACUUCAGACAGUAAAGUCCUGACAUGUGCCGCCGUGUGGAGGAUGCCGAAGGAAUUGGAAUCAGGCAGUCAUGAAUCCCCUGAUGAUUCAUCAAGCACCACGCAGACCCUGGAGCUACUCUGUCACCUUGACAACACAGCCCAUGGCAACAUGGCCUGUGUUUUGUGGGAACCAAUGGGAGAUGGGAAGAAAAUCAUUUCAUUGGCUGAUAACCAUAUCCUGCUGUGGGAUUUACAAGAAAGCUCAAGCCAAGCUGUGGCUCCCUGGAGAAGGAAUGGAAUAUUCUUUCCCAGAGAUAUUCAAAAUUGGAACAUCACUGGAGGAUUCCCAAAGAAGCUGGCCAGCUCAGCAUCUUUGGAAGGGAAAGGACAACUGAAGUUUACCUCAGGAAGGUGGAGCCCCCAUCACAACUGCACCCAGGUGGCCACAGCGAACGACACCACCCUCCGAGGGUGGGACACCCGAACUAUGAGCCAGAUAUACUGCAUAGAGAAUGCCCACGGACAGCUGGUGCGGGACCUCGACUUUAAUCCCAAUAAACAGUACUACUUGGCUAGCUGUGGAGAUGACUGUAGGGUGAAGUUCUGGGACACUAGAAAUGUCACCGAACCUGUGAAGACACUCGAGGAGCAUUCCCACUGGGUAUGGAACGUGCGCUACAACCACUCUCACGAUCAGCUGAUCCUCACGGGCAGCAGCGACAGCAGAGUCAUCCUUUCAAAUAUGGUGUCCAUUUCCUCGGAGCCCUUUGGCCAUUUGGUAGAUGACGACGACCUCAGCGACCAGGAAGACCCCCAUCGAGAGGAGAAGAACAAAGAGCCCCUUCAGGACAGCGUCAUUGCGACUUACGAAGAACACGAAGAUAGCGUGUAUGCUGUGGACUGGUCCUCUGCGGAUCCCUGGCUCUUUGCCUCCUUAAGCUAUGAUGGAAGGCUUGUUAUUAACAGGGUUCCCAGAGCACUGAAAUAUCACAUACUGCUGUGAUUCGUUUGGAUGGCAUUCCUGAUUUAUCCUCCUGGCAGGUUCUCGAAAAUUUGCAGCUAUUUGGAGGUAAUUAGUUUUCCAAAUAGAUCCCUCUCCGGGAGAACCAAUAUUGCCUUCUUUUAAUGCAAGCAUUUAUAAAUAAUAAUAAAGCUUCUUCCAGCUCUACAAACUGACACCUAAAACAAAGUUUUCUCUUUGUUUGAAGAUGAAAAUAACAUCUUCCAAACUGUGAUGGGAGUAUCAUUUUCCUCCCCCUCCCAUGAUUUCAUGGAAUUAGUGUCUGUCCAAUCACUGCUGGGUUUUUUUCUGUUCGAAGAAUGUUAGGCAUUUCACCUUUUUUUAAAAACAUGUUUGUUUUCAUAACAUUAACUUGUCUUUCUUGUGAGAUAAAAAAAUUGGAAAAAUAAAAAUAAGGUCAUGCUGCAUG